AUGACCGAAGCUAAAUACGUUAUAGUUGGAUGGGAUUUCGACGCGGAAGGAAACGAUGAGUUGGCUCUCAAAGCCGGUGACGUAGUAACACUAAUUAGCAAACGUAAUGAUAACUGGUGGGAAGGCGAGCUUGAUGGUCGCCGCGGAUUGUUUCCCGCAAGCUAUGUUCGAUUUUUGGAAAAUGUUCUUGAAGAGAGUAGCACACAAAAAUCAGCUGAAAUCCAAACUGUCAGUCUGACUGAUGUACACGGUAUUGCAAAUGAAAGGGAAGUUCAGCAGAUGUACCCUGAGGAAAUGAAUAAGGAUCAGGACGUCAGGGUAAGCGAGUAUGAUAAUGAGGAUGGAACAAAUUAUUAUCUGCAAAAUCAAGUGGUUGAAGAAAGUGGUCAAUAUAUUUCGGAACUGAGACACGAAAAGCUUUAUUAUGAACAAGAAAAUUUCGUUGAAUCACAAGAUGCUAUCAACAUCCCAUCAUAUAAUAAACCUGUUGAUCAAGAAUCAAUCGUCGAUCACAUACUACGCUCGAGCAGCAGUGAAGGACAACUAUCAGUUGAGCACGUUACAAUACAGCACAUCGAGUCCCAAUCAAUACAAGAAAUCACUGAGGAUGCCACCGCUGAGCCAAUGCAUCAGCCAUCACAUGAUCGAGAAAUUCAGAAUGACAGCAACGACGAUGUUGAAUCUGCUGAAGAAGAUUCUUCUGAAGAAGAGCAAGCUGACCAUAAACAUUAUCCUCGAUUGCUUUACGCUGGAGAACAACCGUCUCAGGAAGAAUUAUUGCUGCAGAAUGACGUUGACGGCCAAGGUGAACAAAGUGCGCAUGAUCAGUAUCUGGAUGAGCAAUUGUCAGAAGAUGAGAUGUUCCCCGAAGAUUUAUUAAGAGAACAGAUAUUCGAAAGAGAGGUGGAGGAAGCAGAAAGAAACGUCUGGGAUAUCAUGGAGCAUUAUCAUAAUGGCGAAGGUUUGUCGGACAAUUAUACGGAUAAUGUUUCCUUGCAAGCGGAUGCCGACGAAGUUGCUACGGCUGUCGACGAAGGCUACCAUCCACUUGCAAGCGAUGAUGAGGAACAUUACAGCGAACUGCAUUCGUCAUUGAACGUUGAAGAUUACGAAAAUACACCACGUUCUGCAUCAUUUAAGCAAGACGAUUUAAUCGACAGGGGAGUGGAAGAUCUGAAGCUAGAAGACGAUUAUGAAGACAAUCCAUUUGUUUCAUCAGAUGAAACCUUGGAUCAACCAUCACAAUCAAGAACCACUAAUGACUUGGAAGACAAUGACAUUGAUGUUCCUAAAUAUAAGACUAUUGCUUCUACUAUGGACGGUAAUAUUUAUAAUGAGGAUGGGCAGGCAUCCUUAUAUAGUACAAGAAUGGGAGAGACGGCUUGGGAUACUUCGUUAUUGAAUAUUGAACUACAUAGAAGAGCCGUCGUCUACGAUAACGGCUCAUUUGUGGAGACUCAAACGCUUCAAGGCAAUCAAUUAUUUGAGCAGCAGGUUAUCAACAAUGAGCAUGAGGAAAUGAUCCAACUACCAAGUCGAGAUAGCAGGGAACAAGAUGACGACAAUACAAUUCUAAAUGCUACGGUCCCAAUUGAAAGUGUAUAUGACGAUGUAACAGUAGACAACCAAAGAUUGUCAGAAUCAGGUGAUCAACGUCAACGUCCCCCGUCGGUAAUACAUUCGCGUCAGCCAGAGUCUGAUCGUAAUCAACAAUUGAAUUUACCGAAAGGCUGGUGGUCUAGCGUCGAGCCUGAAUUAACGGAAGGAUACGGUUUGUCAGAAAACCUUAAUGAAUCGAAUUACCCUAUGACAGAGGAAUCUGUUGAUCUUAGAAGUUAUUCCAGAACUAAGUCUGAUCAUCAUCACAUGAAGCCCAUUCCACCAGAAAAAGUGUAUUACAAUCACACUAGACUAGGUGAAUUUGCGGCACCCACCUCCCGGACAGAACUAAGUAUAUUGCAACUCGACCGCAUACCAGCGCAAUGGAUCCACAAGCAAGGCUGUCUAUCAAUGAAAACAGAAAGUCCAGAAGGCGAUAAACUGAGUUCAUGGAAGCUAUAUUGGGUUGUGCUUUGUGAUGUAUAUAUAAUAUUCUACAAGAGCUCACCUGAUAGGAAUAAAAAAACUGAGAAGAAGGUAAUGCCAGUCGGGAUAUUUGACGUGCAUAAGGAUAGAUUGGAGUUUGCGGGGAGACAACACACCAAGCAGAAACAUGUAUUUAUACUUAACGCCUGUGAUGGAAUGAGAAUGUUUAUGCAAGCUCAGUCUGAUAGUGAAGCAAGGGGAUGGGUGGAUAUAAUAAAUGUCAAUCAAGAAGAGCGAAAAAAAUCUCACAAGUCAAAUAACGAACCAGAAAUUGAGUCUUUAUUACGAGUAUGCGUGAAUGAAAUUAAUGACAUGAAGAUCAACAAGAAAGUCAAUAGGGGAUUACAGUUAAAAGCGAGUGAAUCUGUUUAUUUCAAGAAGACAGAGAAAGAGGACGCAGGCCUUGUCAAGAAGAAAUCUAAAAAAUUCGGUGCUAGUAAUGCCGCCUCGAGAAAGAGGAAUUGGUUCUUCCAGAAUAAGCCAUCAUCGAACUACGACAAGAAGACCGUACAAAACGCAGAUUUGAUUUUUGGUGGACUGCUUGAGAAUUCAGACGGCCGAAUACCGCAUAUUGUUGAAAAUUGCAUAAAAAUAGUGGAUGAACGUGGUUUGCAAAGUGUUGGCUUAUAUCGACUAUCGGGAAAUACUGCCACCAUUCAAAAAUUGCGAAAGCAGGUCAAUGAUGGUGAAUCAAUAAAUCUCUACGAUGAACCAGACAUAAACGUAAUAACCGGGCUGCUUAAACUUUAUUUUCGCGAAUUGGCUAAUCCCUUGAUACCAUUCGAAUACUAUGAUAUGUUUAUAGAGGCAGCAAAAAUAACCGACUAUAAUGAGAAAAUGUACCGACUACACUCGCUGAUUCAUUCUCUUCCUCAGGUCAAUUUCGAGACCCUCGAAACUCUCAUGAGACACUUGUCACGUGUGACAUCUUACAGUGAGGAAAAUAAGAUGGAACCGCCAAAUCUAGCAAUAGUAUUUGCUCCCAAUUUAAUUCGACCGUUCGAAGCUGGAAUUGAAAUGGCUCAGCGACGAAUGAAAUCGUUCUAUGGAAUGUGUGCAGGUGGGACGGGCGAUGCAAAAAUCAAUAUAUAUGUUGUGAACAGGAAAAUAGUACUUGAUGUAAUAUGA